GGUACACCCUCUUUCUAUCCCUCAAAUCCUGUCAAUGCCACUCUGAAUAUGUGGUUUGGGGGAGUCGGGUUGACGGCGACAUCCUUGCAACCUCAAAAUAUACGGGCUGGUAUCUAUACGGGCUGGUAUCCCAUUGCAUCGGAAAAGACGACCCAUUUCCUUGAUUCAUUUAUGACUAGAACUGCCCGCUCAGUCUGCGUCCUUCCCAGAAAAGAGGUGACAUUCUGUAUUUCAGCUGAAAAUGGCUCUUGUAAAACACCCCCUUGAAGAUGGCUGGACUUUCAGGCAAAGUGACAGCACCGCAACCGGUGACUGGCUCCCGGUGAAAAGAGUUCCAACUCAGGUUCAUAUGGAUCUAGUUGCCAAUAACAAGAUUUCGGACCCGUUUAUUGACUUGAAUGAGCUUGCUGCACGGUGGGUUAAUGAAAAAGAUUGGAGUUACAGAGUCCAGUUCAAGAAGCCUGCAGGGCCUUCAAUCUCUAGCCCAUUCAUCACCGAUCUCGUCUUUGAGGGUCUCGAUACAUUCGCAACAGUAUUCCUCAAUGGUCACGAGAUCCUGAAGUCAGAUAACAUGUUCCUAACCCACCGGGUAAACAUUUCAACCCUUCUAAAAAAUGACAACAUCCUAGAAAUCAAGUUCGACUCGGCCUUUUUGAAAGGACGAGAGUUAGUAAAGGAGCAUGAGCACGAGCACACAUUCUACGUUCGUCAGACUGAUAUUGGUCGAGUUCCAACUAGAAAAGCCCAGUACAACUGGGGCUGGGAUUGGGGUCCGAUUUUGAUGACCGCUGGACCCUGGAGGCCAGUCUAUCUUGAGCAAUAUGUUUCAAAGAUCGACGAUGUUUGGGCUCAGUACGAAGUCAGCAAAGAUUUGAAGACAAGUUCCGGCCAGAUCUUUGCCAAAAUUGUAGGAGCGAACUCCAAACCCGUCAACCUCACAAUAUCCCUAGGGGGGACCAUUAUUUGGGAGAAGGCGGCCGCAGUCGACAACAACGGCUUAGCGAAAGCAGACUUCCAAGUCGAUAACCCGGAGUUGUGGUACCCACAUGGCUAUGGGUCCCAGGUUCUUUACGAAUUGAAAGCGAUUCUAACCUCGUCCGACGAAAAGUCCAAACUUGUCGGUUUUCGACGAGUCGAACUCAUCCAGGAGAAAGAUGAAUUUGGCAAAUCUUUUUAUUUCCGUAUCAAUCAGAUUGAUAUCUUCUCCGGCGGAUCUUGCUGGAUCCCCGCCGACAGUCUGCUCUCUCAGAUACCCGCUCAACGAUACCAUGAUUGGAUGAAGCUAAUGGUUGAAGGGAACCAGAUAAUGUUGAGAAUAUGGGGCGGUGGAAUUUAUGAGGACGAUGCUUUGUUUGAUGCUUGUGAUAGAUUAGGGGUUCUCGUCUGGCAUGACUUCCAAUUCGCAUGCGCAAGCUACCCAACAUACCCCUCCUACUUGGAAUCCGUUGAGCAGGAAGCAAGACAAAACAUACGUCGACUAAAGUCUCACCCAUCCUUAGUCAUAUGGGCCGGAAAUAAUGAAGACUACCAAGUCCAGGAGCGCUAUCAUCUUCAUUAUGAUUAUGAUGGGGAUAAAGAUCCUCAAUCGUGGUUGAAGUCAACCUUCCCAGCCAGGUAUAUCUAUGAGUAUCUGCUACCGAAUAUCGUCAAGGAGGAAGACCCAUUCAUGGUGUAUCAUCCAAGUAGUCCAUGGGGAGAUGGAAAGCGUACCACAGACAAAACAGUUGGAGACAUUCAUCAAUGGAACAUAUGGCACGGAAGGAUGAAUAGAUACCAGGAAACUCAUCUACUCUCUGGCCGAUUUAUCAGCGAGUUCGGUAUGGAAGCCUACCCUCAUCUCGAAACAAUUCGCGGCAUGAUCCAAGACCCACAACAACAACACCCAGGCUCAAUGAUGAUGGACUUCCGCAAUAAGGCCAUCGACCAUGAACGUCGUAUGGUCACUUACGUCGCGGAGAAUUUCCUAGUGAAAUAUGACCUACCUUCUUACACACAUCUCACACAAGUUGUGCAAGCAGAGACAAUGCACUUUGCCUAUAAGACGUGGCGCCGGGAAUGGGGUACGCCAGGAGCACGUAAAUGCGGAGGUAUCCUGGUGUGGCAAUUGAACGACUGCUGGCCGACGAUGAGUUGGGCUGUGGUUGACUACUAUCUCGUCAAGAAGCCUUCAUUCUACGCAAUGGCGAAUGCCCUGAAGCCCUUGGCCGUAGGCAUUUCCCAACCGUAUCAUAAUUGGACAGAGGGCCAUGCGGAUCCGACACUACCAGCGAGGGACACGAAGUUCGAUCUUUGGGUUGCAAGCAGUCGAUUAGAUUCCGUCCCAGUAGAAAUAAUAGUGCGUUUCAUUUCAGUCCGGACCGGCCAAGAAGUCCAUCCUUCCCUGAAGCUUGGAGGGAUAACUGUGCUGCCGAACAGCACGACGGAGGUCCUGAAAGACCAUUCUCUUCCAGUAACAAACCCACAGUUUAAUGAUACAACGCAACCUUUCGACUUGGUGAAAUACGACCCGUACGUCAUUCAUGCCACCAUCAAAGACGGUGAUGAGGUCGUGUCAAUUGAUACAUCCUGGCCACAACCGAUCAAGUACUUGGAUCUCUCCAACCGAAACGUAACAUUCAAGGCCGUAUCAACUAACCAAAUAUCCAUAUCCGCCGCUCGUCCCGUGAAGGGGUUCGUGUUCGAAGAGACUCGUGCGAUGAAACUGAGCGACAAUGGCAUUGAUCUCGUCCCAGGAGAAGAAAGGGUCGUAGAUGUGACGGGCGCAAGUCUGGAUUCUCUGCGAUAUACUUACAUCGGAGCGCCAGAAGGUUCUUUAAAGGUAGCUGUUUCUAUCCCCGACGAUCUGGUAUCAAAAGCUAGGCUCUGACGAUAAUGGGAUCGAACAUCGAGUAUUAGGAAAAGUAACCUUCGAACACGGUAUGACAGCUUAAAAACAAUUUGAUCA